UUUAAAAAAAAAAAAAGAUCUAGAGUGACUCUCACAGUGGUUCUGUCUUUUGUGUUUGUGUGGGUACCACUGGGUACAUCCCACACAAUAUAAAAAAUUUAAUAAAUUAAACAAAUAAAUGUUUUUAAUCAUUUUAAAUUAAAAUACAAAUAAAUCAACAAAACAAUUAAAAUAUCAAAAUGGCUAUUAUGAAGAUACUCCUACGACCAGAAAUUAGAAGAUUAACUGGAGUUAGAAGUCUAAGUCAAAAUUGUACAAAGCCAAAAUUUGGUUUAAUAUUUGAUAUUGAUGGUGUUAUUGUACGUGGUAAAAGUGUAUUACCACCAGUACCAAAUGCCUUUAAACGUUUACUUGAUGACAAUGGAAAAUUUCGUAUACCAACUGUUUUUGUAACAAACAGUGGUAAUGCAUUGCGUUCUGAAAAAGCCAAAGAUUUAUCUGAAUGGAUUGGAUAUGAAAUAACAGAGGAUCAAGUUGUAAUGGCACAUUCACCAUUAACAAUGUUUAAACAAUUUCAUAAAAAACGUGUACUUAUAUCUGGUCAAGGUAAAGUACGUGAAAUAGCCAAAGAAUUAGGUUUUCAUAAUACAGUUACAAUGGAUGAGUUGAUAAAAAAUUUUCCAAGUUUAGACUAUGUUAAUAAAGAUCGUAGAGAUCCAACAUGUGGACCAAUUGAUAAAAAUUUUUCUAAUAUUGAAGGUAUUGUUAUGUUUAGUGAACCAGUAACAUGGGAACAACCAUUACAAUUAAUGGUUGAUUUAUUAAUGACAAAUGGUAUGCCAACAAAUUUACCAUCAAUAAUACCAUAUCCACAUAUACCAAUACUUGCAUGUAAUAUGGACUUGUUAUGGGUAUCUGAAGCACCAAUACCACGUUAUGGACAUGGUGCAUAUCUUGCAUGUCUUGAAGCAUUGUAUAGAAAAGUUACUGGUAAUGAUUUAAUUUAUACAGCAUUAAUUGGUAAACCAAGUGAAAUAACAUAUUAUCAUGCUAAUCAUAUGAUUAUGAAACAUGCUAAAACAAUUGGUAUUGAUCAUAAUAUUGAUACAAUUUAUGCUGUUGGUGAUAAUAUUAAUACAGAUAUAUUUGGUGCUAAUUUAUAUGAUAAAUAUCUUGCUAGAUAUUCAAAAGGAAAAGAAACAAAAUCACGUGGUAUGGAAUCAAUUUUAGGAAAUGAUCUUCAAUCACCAAAUGUUAAAGCUUGUAUUAGUAUUCUUGUUGAAACUGGUGUUCAUAGACGUGACUCGGAAUUUAUAUCAGAACAUUGUCCACGUGAUUUUCUUCCACUUGAAGAGGCAUUGUGUCGACCAGCUUUUGUUGUUAAAGAUGUUGCUCGAGCUAUUGAUCUUGCUCUUAAAGAAGAAAAUAUUGAGUAAAAUUUAUUUUACAUCAAUUAGAUAAAUAAUUCGUUGACAAAAAUAAUGUAGCUUAAUAAUUUUGUUUUUUUUUUUUUUUUUGUAAUAAAACGCAGCACAAAUUAAAUAAUUGAAAAAAAAAAAUUAAUAUUAUUAAAUAAAUAGUGAUCUAGUCGAUAAAAUUAAUCGACAAAAUUUGUUGCUUGCCAUUGAUAACGAAAUAUAUUAAUAGCAAUAAAAAAUGUGUAUUUUUUUUUUUAUUAACAAUUUUUUUUUUUUUUUUUUCUUGUUAUUAGUAUUGAAAUUAAAAUUAGAUAAUCAAUUUUAUUUUGAAAAAUAUACAAAAUAGAAAAUAUAUUUUUUUAUAAUAAAUUGAAAUAUUAAUUGUAAAAUAUUUGUACAUUGAAUUGAUUAUAAAGACAAUAGUAAUUUGUUAAAAGUAAAAAUUAAUCUGUCAUUAAAUAAAAAGAGAAAAUGAAAAAUUAUUAUCAGUCAUUAAUUAUUAUUUAAUAAGCCACUUGAAUUUUAAAUAAUUAAAAAUUAAAAUUUAAUAAAUUAUUAACAUUUUAAUUUUUCUUUUUUUUAUUAUUAAUACUUAAAAAUAUUAAACAAAUUAAUUUUGCAAAGUUUUAAAAUCAAAGUUCAUUAAUUUAAUUGCUCAUUAACAAAACAAAAAAAAAAAAAAAA